AUGGCCGCGAUCUCACCCGGUCGGCCAAGUGGCCCUCCCAGGAAGCCAAAAAAGCAAUCCGCAACCACGAAUACCCAUCGAUUCGAGCCUUUUUCCGAGCGCAUAGCAAGAUUGAGGGUCGAUCCAGUACAUCGCGUUCAGCAGAACCAGUCCACGCCAGAGGACACAGGACUCUCGACAACGCAUUUCGGCCAGUCUUUGGAUCAUUGGGCGGAGCUAAAUCUCUCCGAGAACUUCAUACACUUUGUACAGAAGGCUAGGCCUCUGUGUGAAAGCCUACCACAGAUAAUUCACCAUGCCGAUUCGAUAUUUGCACUCUUGCUACAUCAUAUUGCGGAGAGGGACGUAGUCUCUUCUGAACCGUUGCUUUCCUUGCUUGCGCAUUUUGCCCACGAUCUUGGGUCGAGAUUUGAGAAAUACUUUGCCGAGGCAGUCAACCUGGUGUUAUCAGUGGCCGCAACACAUGAUGCGAGCGAAGUCAUAGAGUGGAGUUUUUCUUGCUUGGCUUGGAUGUUUAAGUUCCUUUCCAGACUUCUCGUACCGGAUCUACGACCUCUUUUGACCAUAAUAGCACCAUACCUUGGAAGAGCGAGACAGAAGCCUUACGUGAUAAGAUUCGCUGCCGAAUCGAUGGCCUUCCUGGUCAGAAAGGCAGGCAACAUGUAUCACAAGAACAAAAUCCCACUUGAAAACGUAAUUUCUUGUCUCUUCGAGGACUUGCAAGGUGUAAAGAAUCAAAAGGAGAAGUUAUCGUAUCAACUCGGAUUGAUGUCGCUCUUUUCUGAGGCGGUAAGAGGUAUAGAUGGCGAGUUGCAUUCCAGCAGCGUCGAGAUCGUUGGCUGCCUCGUCGAUCACGCAAAGCAAUCAACUGAUAUUGAUAACCCACAUCUGGAAAUUCUUGAAGGUGUAGUCAUUUCCAUCAUUCACGAAACGACUGCCGACGGCUUUUUUCCACUAGCGAAACUCAUAAGAGACUUUAGCCGUACACUAGGCGAGCAAAGCCAGCCUGGUGAUGUCGCGGUCAGCGCUAGACUCCUACGUGUCAUUAUUGGGACUCGAAAGGGUUCAAGGAUAAGUGACUGGAAUACUACUAUGGAGGGUCUGGACCAUGUGGCCAAUAUUGCAAGAGAACCAGCCUAUUCGUCUUCUGUUAUCUUGCAAGACAUUCUGACAACAGUUGCCAUGACGUUCCAAUUUUCUCCUCUGGACGCACUCCUUCCAUUCAACACUAGGUUCAUGAAUCAUUUCUCUUCGGAGCCGUUAUCACGCUAUUUCCUUCCCUUCUGCCUGCUGACUGACCAACUUGGCCGCGACCGUUUUCAGAGUCUGGUCUUGCCACAGCUUCAAAAAUACAUAAUACGAGAGUGGCAGCAAGAUCAACUAGGUUGUUGCCUUGCAGUUCGUCAAUUGACUGCCACCGGAAUCCAUGUUUCGGUACCCAGCCAGCCAGGUUGUCCGUCGAGUCAGUACUCAAUAGAUGAAGAGAUCCUGCGAAUUCUCUGUGCCGAUGAGACCGUCCCAGAAUCACCGCAAUUCGUUAAAGAUGCCCUUGCACAAUUUGCCGAGGACGUGUCCCUUCCACAGGACAAAUCUGUGGCAAUCAAGUUCGUUGAGCCGCUGCGGCUGCAAAGCUUAAAGAUGUUAAGAAAAGGGGAAAGCCUGAAUGUAACGAGCAUGGCAUUUUCGGCAGGACGGGGCUUUAAGACAUACGUUCGACUUGCAAAGUUUACGGACAAGCUUGACAAGAGUCUCUGGAUGGAGGUUUGUGACAGUGCUGUCCUGCCAGCCCACAAUCCCAUCUUCCUGACGGCCUUGUCAGAAUAUCUUGAGGCACUAGAUAUGACUGAUGCUGAACUCGCACGGGCUCCUAAACUUAUAAAACGUCUUACCCAGAAUCUUCUGAAUUGUGUGGUGGAGAUCAAGAUCAUCUCCGUAAGACUGAUGCACCAUAUUGUGAGUCGAAUUGAGGUUCAGGAUUUGCUCUCCACGAUUUUGCAAAUAUUAGAGACUCCUUAUGAUCUGCAGACAGUUCGUCAAAUCACAAUGCUCAUCCGACGGCUUGUCGUAUUGCAUAAGAAUGUGAAGUCUGAUAUGCUAUUGCGACAAGCCGUUCCAUACUUUUUUCUGGGACUUCUGACCUCGGAAUCUGGACCUAUUGUGCAAGAAGUGCAUUCAGCCAUUAACACUAUGUGUGAGGAUUCGGCUGACGAGGAAGUUGUGUCCGAUCUUGUCAUGAGAAGUCUGCAGUCAUCGGAUCACUCUUCACCGCCCCAGGAGUCCAUGGGAGAGGAACAAACACCAACAGCGAAGCCAAAUCGAUAUCAAUGUACAAACAUCCAAAAGGUAAAGGAAAUUGCCGAAAAAGCCUUCACUCUCUUUGAUGAACCCAAGAAGAAUCUGGAUAAGAUGCUGAAUGGCCAGUGGGCCAGCACAGAUAAUGGGCCGAUUUUGCUAAGCCGCUUACAAGCUCUGCAAGUUUUGAAAAUCAUUCCUCAAGCUACUGAGAGAAGGUCACGCUUCGUUGUUCCUGUGUUUCUGUCAAUGCAACCAGCUCAGGAUUAUGUCAGCCUGUACCCUGGUUCGGCAGCAUCAACAUCCUCUCACACUCUAAGCCCAGAAUCUAUACCGCGUGCAUGGACUUUUCCUGAGCGCAAGGCUUUUCUUGAGUUAUUGGGAAAGUUCAAGAACCCUAAAGUGUUGUACAAAUCCCAGCAGGUGUUUGAUGCGCUUUUAGAGUGCCUUACAGCAGGCCAGUCCGAAAUUCAGAAAUUAGCACUUCAAGCACUCUUUACUUGGAAGCUUCCUGGCGUCAGAAGAUACGAGGAGAGCCUUCUCAAGCUAACGGACGAGAAGACAUAUCGUGACGAGCUCACUACCCUUUUCCAUUCCGACGUUGAGUCUAGCUCCAUUAGGAAUGAGGAUAGGAGUGAGUUGCUGCCAAUUUUAUUACGGCUGUUGUAUGGUCAGAUGAUCAAUCGGUCUGGCUCGAAAGCAAACCAUGGUGGACAAGAAUCAAAGAGAAAGACAACUUUACGAAUGCUAUUCAAAAUGCAACACGAUGAGAUUGCUGACUUCCUAGACAUUGCGUUUGGGAAAACUUCCAUCCAGAUUGGCGACGAUGGCAGCAUCCAACACGGCACUCUUUCCGUUGAUGUGAUGAGCAUAGAGAAGCAAAAUGGACUUGUGAGAGCUGCCGAAUCUAUGCUGGAGACACUACAAGGCCAGAUGGCACCAUUUGGUGAAAGGAUCCUCGCACCAGUACUGUAUUGCCUGUAUCGAGCAUGUCAGAGACUAAAUGAGAAGAGAAGUACUGAUGACGCUUCCAAGCACGGGAGUAAGAAUUCGAUCGCAAGAAACAUCAGGCGCACCGCUGUACACUGUCUGUGUAUGAUGUCGACCUCUUGCCACGGCAUCAACUGGUCAAUCUAUCUUCCAUCGAUUUUCAAGUAUGCGAUUGAUCCGAAACUAGACAACUUUGCGGUCGAAAACGCACAAGGCAUAUCUGGUCUUUUGCAGCUCUUCGCCACCUGGUCAGAUGAUGCAAGCAAAGUGCCGUACUUGAGCGUCUACAACGAGUCUCUUCUGGAUAGAGUGGCAGACUGUCUGGUCACGCCGUCAACGAAAGACGCCGUUAAGAUCUACAUUCUUGACCAAAUAUUCCUCAGGCUCCCACAGCUGGCUGCAGAGAAUCCAAGUCUCAGGCAGCAAGUUUUGUCGGUCCUUCGGCCUCGCAUGCAGCAUCUGCUGAGGGUCUUGGGCCUCCUUCUAGAGAGCAAAGAGACUCGAAAGGUUCUUGACUCGGUCAUCGCCGUGCUCGCAAGCCUUACUCCGUUAGUUGACUCCACAGUCGAGGUCGCUGGCCUGCUUAGCGCAUGUACCACAUUGCUUGAAGAGUCGUCAGAUAGGGUCGGCCCGAGGGUCAAAGGGGAUCUUCUACGAGCUGUGUUGCAUCUCCUGAGACUUACCUCAUCCAAUGCCGAAUCCUUAGUACAUGGCCAGCUGCGUAAGACAGUCUCCUCUUUUUUUAACUAUUUCAAAGACUCGCCGAGCCGCAGUGCUCUUGCAGAAAUUCUGGAAGUUCAGUCCCUUGGUGACCCUCAGGCAAUCAUCACUGCCUCGCUUUGUUCUCGCUUGAACGCAAUAUCAGGGGAUAAGCUGGACAGUAUUGACUAUGAUUCUCGUCUUGAAGCCUUCAAUGCAAUCAAUGCCAUGGAUGUGGCAGAUUUGAUUCCGGAACUUUGGGAGCCAAUCCUUCAGAAUCUAAUAUAUUUUGCACGAGCCGCCGACGAUUUCGCGAUCCGCUCCAACGCAGUUUCGAGUCUGCGGCGGUUCAUAUCAGCCGCUUGCGAGCUCCAGCGACCUGGUUUCCAUACGCUGCUCCAGACCACCAUCUUCGAAGCGGUGAGAAAAGCAGCCAAAGCGGAUUCGGAAGCUGUCCGAGCAGAUCACCUAGCACUAUUCGGUCUCAUGGUUCAAAAAUGCUACAGCUGGACAGAAAUCAGUGACAUGCAAGGACUGUUGGUAAGCAACGAUGAAGACGCUUCAUUCUUCAACAACAUUCUACAUAUUCAACAUCACCGCCGUAUUCGUGCAAUGCGAAGAUUGGCUGCUGAGGCUGAGCAAGGGGUGUUAAGGAGCACCAAUAUCUGCCAUUUCUUCUUGCCUUUGCUGGAGAAGUUCAUCUUCGAUCCUAAAGAUGACGAGGGCGUACGCAAUUUACGAGGACAGGCAAUUGUGACAGUCGGCAGUCUGCUGCAGUGGGUCGAGUGGGGCCAAUUUCGCGCAAUCCUUCGGAGGUACAAGAGCUAUAUCAACAAUAAGACGGAAGCUGAGAAGGAUGUGAUCAAGCUUCUUGGAGUUUCAGCCGAUGCUCUCAUCUCUUCCUUGUGUCUCGAAACAGAGAAUCAAGACACAGAGAUGCAGGGGCUGGCAGGUGUCAAACGACAAACAGCGCUGAGAAAAUCUCUACCGAGCAUGGAAAGGCUGUCCCAUGAACUGGGGACACAUUUCAUCCCCGACUUAGCCGCUUUCAUCCACCAAAAGGAUGAAUCUCAAGUGACAUCUCGUAUUCCAGUCGCUAUCACGACCGUCAAGCUUCUCCAAAUCCUACCUCAAGCUCAAAUAGCCCAGUUCCUGCCGCCGCUGCUCUUGGACAUAGCCUAUAUCCUUCGUAGCCGAUCUCAGGAUUCUCGAGAUAUUGCACGUAGAACACUCGCCGAGGCCACGUCGAUACUUGGCCCGUCCUGCCUUAACUGGACCUUGAAAGAGCUAAGGACUGCUCUUGCUCGAGGUUAUCAGCUGCAUGUCCUAUCCUACACUGUCCAUUCGAUUCUGGUCGCUAACACAGACCACCUCAAACCUGGAGAUCUGGAUCAUUGCUUAGAUGGUUUGGUUGCCGUUAUCACGGAUGACAUCUUUGGUGUUGUCGGUCAGGAGAAGGAUGCAGAAGAUUACAUCAGUAAGAUGCGUGAAGUAAAGAGCAGGAAGAGCUUUGAUUCCAUGGAGUUGCUGGCCAAAUCGACCACUGUCCAGCAUUUAAUCCGGCUCAUUCGACCACUACAGACUCUUUUGACCGGCAACAUCUCCUCCAAACACUCCAGGCAAGUCGAUGAAUUGCUUCGUAGGAUCGGAAUUGGAUUAUCCCGCAAUCCUAUCGCCGGAAGUCGAGAUAUACUGAUGUUCUCCUAUGAAGUCAUCCAAGAGCUUUAUCACAACAUGCAACCAGCAAAGGAACACAUGAUGACCAAUGACGAGUUAAAUCAUCAAAGAUUCUUAGUACAAGCGUCUGGAUCUAACAAAACCCCGGUCAGUAGGGAUUCUCCUUCAGUAUACAAACUUGCGAAAUUCGCUCUAGACCUGGUGCGUUCUACCUUGCAAAAGCACGAUAACUUGCUGAAGCCGGAAUCUGUGCAUGGUUUCUUGCCUGUUAUCGGCGACGCUCUGGUUCAAGCUCAAGAGGAUGUCAAAACAUCAGCCAUGCGGACUUUAACGGCCAUCAUCAAGCUGCCAAUGCCUGAGCUGCAAGAGAACGCUAGCCUGUACAUUAUUGAGGCAGUCAUGGUAGUCAAGGACUCGAUCAGUACGAACGGUGAAGCUCCCCAAGCAGCCUUGAAGCUCGUUGCCGCGAUCCUUCGGGAACGGCGAAGUGUCCAUAUAAGAGAGUCAGACCUGUCAUAUCUCCUCCAUCGCAUCAUGCCCGACCUUGAACAACCGGAUCGCCAAGGUGUCACUUUUAACUUUAUCAAGGCGGUGAUGGCACGAAAGAUCAUGUUACCUGAGGUUUAUGACGCCAGCAAGAAGAUUGGGAUGAUGAUGAUCACGAACCAUGGUCAGAGUGCUCGGGAUGCUGCGCGAGGUGUAUUCGUCCACUUCGUGCUUGAAUAUCCUCAGUCGAAAGAGCGAUGGAACAAACAAAUCAAGUUUCUGGUUAAGAACCUCAGCUACCAAUAUCCAGAAGGGCGGCAGUCCACCAUGGAAGCAAUCAAUAUGCUGUUGAAUAAAGUUGGCGAAAGCGUCGCACAGGAGCUAAUUGCAAAGAUUUUUAUCCCGCUAAUAUUGAUCAUGGCGAACGACGACAAUGCAGGAUGCCGGGAAAUGGCAGGCGCUUUGCUUAGCCGUUGCUUUGAGAAAGCAGAUGCAGAGCAGCUGAAAUCACUUCUUGGUUCCUUGCAAGGUUGGGUCCAGCAAUCGGGAAACCUUGCUUUACGAAAGACAGGUCUGCAAGCCUUCAAGAUCCUGUUUGAAGUGUUAGGCGUUAAAGCAGAGAAGGAGGUGCCAGCAUUACUUUCAGAAACUUGCCAGAUCGUCAAGGAAUUAGGCCACAGCGAUGCAGGAGAGACAUGGGAGACUAUCUAUCAUGCUCUGCAGUUGGUCCUCAAGAUCACUGCAGUGUUCCCUGCCUUAGCGAUGGCCAAUCAACAAAGCCUACUAUGGUCAAGGAUUUGUGCUUUGCUUACCUACCCCCAUCCGUGGGUCCAGAGUAGCAGUGCGGCACUGAUGGGCGCUUGCUUUCACGAUAUUGCAAUCGCGAACGGGAAGUCAUCGCUAGCAUCGUUGCCCUUGAUCGGAAGUCACGGUCUACAGCUUACUGGUGAGGCACAACUUGACGUGAUGAGGUCUAGUCUGUGUGUGCUGAAAAGGAACUGGUCCUCCCGAGACAUGAGUGCUCAGCUAGGUCGAAACCUGGUUUUUCUAGGACGCUGUUUUAACGCGAAUAGUCUAUCAAUCGAUACUACAGCGCCCAGCACGACACGAGAGGUUGAGAAUCCAGAUCUUGAUGACGACGAAGAACACAAGUCAGAUGAUGAGAACGAAGUCCUCCCGCAAGGAACUCGAGUCCCUGCAAUAGCCUACCUCCUCACCCAACUCUCCCUCAUCCUCCGCCACGAACCCCGAAAACUUACCAGCGCCACCCUCCUCCCCAAACAAUCCUCCCUCACUGUACUUGCCGCCUUAAUCCACCACACUCCAACCACAACCCUCGACCCUCUCCUCCCUACCACCAUCCUCCCCCCCCUAGCCCACCUCACAGACCCCACCCUCCCAACGCCCAAUUCCUCAUCCUCCUCAAGCACGGAUCCCAAUUUCAGCAGCACCUUCCGCGAUCUCAUCACCUCGGCAUCCGAGGUCCUAGAUCUUCUGCAGAAGAAAGUCGGUGCGACGGAAUAUGUGAAAGCUAUGACGGAGGCGCAGAGGCUGAGGCGCGAGAAGAGGGAGGGGAGACGGAUCAAGAGGAGAUUGGAGGUUGUGAGGGAUCCUGAGGCGGCGGCGAGAAGUAAGAGGAGGAGGGGAGAGAAGGAGAAGAGGAGGAAGGUCGCGAGAGGCGAGGGGUUCAGGGCCGCGAGGAGGGGGUUGUAG